CAAACUCCUUAUUUGUCGAAGAAGUACUGGGGCUACUAUUCAGAACAGCCGACCUUAGUAGCUCCAGGAAAGAUCCGACACCCGUUACCCUCAACGGAAAAUCGCCUUUCAGUUCGUAUAGAACGAUUAGAGUUUCGUAUAUAACCGACCAGAAGUUCUUCAUCAACAAUACUGCAUUAUGGGAAUAUCUAGUACCUUCAAGUCCUCACAACUGCACAUUCCGGUAUUUAGUUGGAUCGAUGAUGGCGUGGCUACUCAUGCAAGAUAUACCCAGAAGGAAGAAAUUUCGAAGCACUGUCCCAAGUAGUCAUUUCACAAUAUUCUAGUUCUUCUUCCACACUAUUUGCAACUGGUUUAACUGUAAAUAUGCUCUUCACCACAGGAUUUAGGCCUUACGCUAUUGUGAGUGAGCGAAACCUAAUGUCUGUUAGUACCUUAAAAUGAGUACCAACUUUCGCUAACGUGUACUCGAUGAUGCUCAUCCUUUCUGGAGUACUUCUCUCUCACUCUCAUCGCCUAAAGUUGGAGGGUUUGUAUGUUGUUGUAAACCUAUCCAUUUUUUCGCACCCAUCACACAUCUGCCGAAGAAAAUGUAUGCUCACCCUGUCCCUCAGGCUCCAUCAGCUUGCUAGUAUAUCCGGGUUACAGACCGGACCGUGGCGGCUCUGUUGUCGGGACAGAAUAUAAACAGUUUCGUAACACAGCCAUGUGUGUAUGUGUGCAUGCAGUACAGUGUGUACACAUUCAUGUGGCAAGACAGGAUGAACUAGGAUUAGUGUGCCGUACCUUAUCUCGUACCUGCGACAUGCGGCGAGCUCGCGGCUUGUGCAACGUGUGCGGCCACGAUAGCUGGGUGUGACCUGUUAUCACCUCACUGAUAGUGAUAACGUCGCCACACACACCGCAACUCGACACCGCUCCGCCUGGUCGCCGACUACAUAGCACUGCCGUGUUUCGCGGUUGUUAUCGCGACGGUUCUGGACGGUAGUUGGCUUCCAUGCUUGUCGACCGCGGCGCCCUCCUCGCCCAAAGUGGCCGGAAGCCGGGAAAGAGUAAGAAAGCCAACCAGAAUCUCUUGAGCUGUUGUGAUUGUAGGAAAGCUCGGCGGAAAGACAAGGAUGCUACCUCGCUCAACACUGAUGAACCUAAACUCUACCUGGAGGAGACGGUGUUGGAGCGGAAACUCCCCGACAUCGACCUGCGGGUGCUGGUCGACCUGCCGGCAGGCCUCGACUAUAACGAGUGGCUCGCUUCACACACGAUUGCAUUCUUCGAUCACAUAAACCUAGUGUACGGUACUAUCAGUGAGUUCUGCACAAUGUCCGGCUGUCCUGACAUGACGGGUCCAGGUCUCAGAACGUAUUUAUGGUUCGAUGAGAAGGGGAAGAAAACAAGGGUUGCUGCACCUCAGUACAUAGAUUACGUUAUGACGUUCACGCAGAAAACUAUCAGUGAUGAAACUAUUUUCCCUACCAAGUAUGCUAACGAAUUCCCAAGUUCAUUCGAGUCAAUCGUUCGAAAAAUCCUCCGUCUCUUAUUUCACGUAUUGGCACACCUGUACCACUGUCACUUCCGUGAGGUGGUACUGCUGAACCUGCACGCACACCUUAACUGCGUGUUUGCGCAUCUGACGCUAUUCAAUGCGCGAUUCGAGCUGAUCGAAGCCCGAGAGACGGAGAUCCUCAAUGACCUGGUGAUCGCCCUGAAGAUACUGGAGCCUGAACCGCCAGCGGAAGUCACCGAGCAGGUCAUCACCACCAACAUCAGCUCUGCCCCUAUACUGCCGGAGAAUACGGCACUCCUAUUGGCCAAUCAGGAAGUCAUCGCCCAAAUCGGCCACUAGUUAAUAUUGUUUCCUAUUUUUGUUGGCUUUUAUUUUUUUAAUAAACCUCUAGCAAGUUUUAAGGUUUUAUCAACCGUAUUUAUUUGAUGUAGUUUUCCUGGUUUUAUAGUGAGAAUACAUGUAGUGGUACGAUAAAUAACUAACGCUUGUGAACCUUACUCGAUAGUUUGUUUCAUCAGAUGUAGUUGUUCAUUGUUUAGUAAUCCGGUUGUGUUAGAUUAUCGGUUGUACAUUGCCUUCAUAUACAAUGCAGUGCAAAAGUUCUUUAGUGUAAGUUAAAAUGAUCUUCGGACUUCAUUUUAAUCGUGUACUAAAGUGAAUACUGUAGAACACUUACUUUGUUUAUUUUAAGCAGGUGUAGUUGGCCUAGCAUGUGUGCUGUUGAAUAUUGAAACAUAAUAGAUCUGGUUAGAAACAACAAAAACUUUCUCUGCAGAGUAGCAAAUCUAGUCUCCAAAAUUGUUCAAGAUUUUAAUUACCAGUGCUCUCUCAGUGCAGAGUUUUAUUAGUGAUUUAUCUGCAAGACAAUAAGUAAUCCACAAAUAGAACGAUUUGCUGAGAAUGAAUAUGGGCAUGUAAUCAAUAGAUCUACUUGAGAUAGGGCAAGGACCUACCCCCUCUUGUCUUUUUACAAACCACAAUCAGUAAUAGCUUCAAUUUUCAUAGAUUGUUUAGCUUAUUCAAAGCAUUUAGUCAAAGCACCAUAUCUUGAACAAAGAGGAUUUAUAAUAAGUGUACUAUUCACUAUUGUAAUAGUUACAAUAAACUAUACACCAUCGUAGCAGUCCUGAAAUACUUCUUUAAAUAUUUGACAUAGAUUCUUGUAAGCGGGUGUUUAAUUUGAUUAGAUCAGUACUACAAGUUCAGUUCAGAAAUGGCUGUAUGAUUAAGAUUUUAACUCACAUAAAAUGCUUACUUCUUCACUGCUCUAAUGUAAUAUUAAAGGUAGUCUGUCGUGUUGUUACAAAAUGUUGAUAAGGCCUCAAAAACUUUGCUAAGGGUGUUUUAAUGUGAUUAAAGAUGUUUAUUGUUAACAGUUUUAUAUUUGUACAGUUAAAGGGUAUCCCUUCACUUUACACAGCACUGUUUUAUUGAAAAUAAAUUUUGUAUGUGAUGUAAAAAAAACUCUGAGUGGUUAAAUGAAUAUCAACAGAUUUCAUUAAAUUAGUCAACAACGUUUAUAAUUAUUUCAAGUAAUAGUAAAUUAAUAAGCAAUUUGUAAAUCAUAUAAUGAGGAUUUAAAAAUAUUUUAAAUUUUUGAGUUCUAAAACUAAUUUAACAUUAUUGACACUUUAUCUCCUUAUUACUAGUUUAAUUUAAUUACAGUUUAAUUAUGUUAUCUUUAUACUAGAACAAAUAUUUUAAAAUUAGACCGCUUGGUACCCUGUGUGUUUGUAAGUCAAACUACAGUAAAAUCAUGAAAUGGAUCACCUGCUACUAUGUUCUCAUGUUACAAUUUGUUAUAUUAUGUUUCUACUGACAGAAUAUCAAAUACAGUAAUUUUAUACCAACAGUUAGUAAGCCUGAUUUCAUCUUGUCAAAGAUUAAUAUUGAGACAGAGUUUAUUUUAUUCUUUUUACAAAAUAUUCUGCUGCAAUAUACACUUCAGGCCAUUUACAAGAAGUUGCUAUUUUGGUUAACAUACACUUGAUAAAAAUUGAAAUUUGUUUCAAAUAAUAUUUUGAAGAAUAUUUUUCACAAUUCUUUCACUAUCUUUAUAAAUGCUUCACUUUUAUACACGUGAUUUGGCCAGGUUAUGUUUCAGAUUGUACAAUAUAUAUAAACUGUUGCAGGGUCUAGAGUGGAUGCCUUGAUUGUAGCUUACUUUGCUUUUUUUUAAUUUUCAUAGCUUACCUUCUUUCAUAUUUUUUCUCCUAAAGUAAUGUGGUUUAGAAUUUUUAGGCUACUUGUUUGUAUACGAUACAUUAUUAUUAUAUUUUUGUUCAUUUAUGGGUUGCUACAAUUAACAUUUUUGCAUAUAUCUAUCAUAAAGGAUCAUUUUGAGCUUAUUUAAGGUAAAAUAUUUUCAAUAGUUGAUGUUCUGUAUUGGGCUUGUCUUUGCUUUCUCAUGGGUUUUCUGUGCUCAUCAUUUUCACACAAAACAUUGAUGGGUUGCUUGGUUGAAGUUAUUUCUUUUUCUGUAAUCAUCAAUAUCACAUUAACAAAGAUAAUAGAAGAGGGUUUACAGGAGAUGUUUCUCACCAUACAUUUCAUGUUUUGUCAGUGUGUUGACUGUGAACUCCUCAAAGAUACCAAAGAUAGCCUGGUGUCCACUCUACACUGUCAUGAUUUGCGGGUUUGUCACUUUAUUUAUUUUCAUCUGCGAAACUCUCGUGUGAAGGUUAAGUUAAAAUUGUACUUAAAGUUAGUGGAUUGCGUGCCUACGUUUGAACGCCUUUUGCACGAAUACUGAUGUUAAAAAUGUUAACUAUAAAUAGAUAGAUAUAUUAUUUAUAAUGGAUAGAAUAUAAAUAUAAUACUUGUUAUAUUAGUGGUGUCGUAACUGUAGGGGGCUUCCGUGUGAUUGUCUCAAGCACAAUUAAUCACCUUCCUCUCUUGAUUUUUUGUUUCUUUAAAAUGCAUAAGUAAGUAACUAAUUUAAAUUAAGUAUUUAAGAUUUGCAAUUGAUCAGAGAUUUAAUUCUAAAAUGUAACGCACUAUAAAUUUCUCAACUUAAUGAUGCAUCAAUUAAACUUUAUAAAAUGUCAAUACAACAGCAGUUACCUGAAAACUAUAUUACGAAUUGUGUAGUCCUGCUCUUUUAAGAUAUAACAUAGAUUCAAGAAUAGUUUUGUGUAGCCUUAUGAUAACAUGAUAUGUAUGCAAAAAGUAAACAAAACACUCUUGGAGCAACUUCAAUUUUUUUGUUAAUAAAAAAUAUUUUGGCCACCAGAAUAGUUUGGAUUCUUUUACUUGCUCUAGUUAGAUGGAUGAACAUUCAUGUUUCAAGAGUCAUCAAAUUCCAUAUAACAACUUUGGUUUUUCACAAUACUAUGUCCGUAAACUGAAGCUUACUUGAAUUUUGGCUUACUUUUUUUGUAUAUAUGAUAUUUAUCCCAAAUAUAAGAAUACUGAUAAAUAAGAAUAAUUAAUAAAUUUAGUUUGUUUCCAAAAAUUUUUAUUUGCUGAUAUUUUUAUUUUCUCGUGAUAUUAGUGCUUGAAACAAACACGGGUGUGCAGGAAGGUGCCUGCAAACCCCAUUUAGUCAAUUUCCAAACACCUGUAGGUUAUUGAGCUAUUUUGAUCUUAGUUCCCAAUUGGGCACCAUGUGAUGAAACGGUUGUUUUACAUAAUUUUUCGCACUGAUUGUUUGUGUGCAUUCUUUGUUUUAUCGUUUAUCGUGUUUUAAUGAUUUUUGAUUAAACAUUGUUUUGCAGUAUUUUUAAUGACUAAGUUAUGAGUUUUUUUUUAGCUGUUUAUAAUUAUAUCAUACAUUCCAGCAUUUCUUGGAAAGAUGUGGUUUGCUUUACAAUUGCUUUGUGAUUUAUGUUAAAGUUUGUUUAAUCUCCUCAGAUGUUUCUGGAUCCUCUUUUUGAAAUUCUUUCUUAGAACAGCGACAACCAUCUCAACAAGAUUCUGUGACGCUUUGAUAAAGUCCAUUGAUGGAUGGAUGGUAAAAUAUUUUAGUUUUAAUCUUGUAUCGACGCUUGAUUUGCAUAUUAAGUAUUAUUGAAUCUAAAACUACUUAAAUUUACAUCCAAACAUGAUAGAUUUUUAUAAAUAUUCUCUUCUUAUACAUAUAUCCUACUGAAUCAUAUCAAUUUUAUAAAUAUUUAUUAAUUAUUGGAAUUAAUAACAUUUAAACUAGUUAACAAAACUUUAAAUAAAACAAAUUGUGGGUAUGAUAAUUUUGGGGAAUUAUUAGUUAGUAGUUUGCUGGAAUGAACAGAACAGUUUGUUAAGUUCGUAGUUGAUAAAUUCAAAAGAACAUAUUUUCCCCACUUAAGUUGUCGCUGGGCUCUGAAAGGCGUACUUACACUCUGAGGCGUUGUUAUGUAUUGAUGUUGACCUGUAGUCAUAGUGUACAUAUGUAGAAUAUGGACUUGAACUCUUCUGUCUGACCACGUUUGCUUGAAUCCCUCCAGUUAGGAAACUGUUUCUUGAUUGAAAUUUCAAAUUCUGUUAUUGUAGUACUUAUUUGAUGACUGUUGUACAUGUUGGAUAGAUGUGAUUUUCUUUUAUAACUUUCAUUAAAUUUCUUGUAUAACCACAUCAGUUAUUGAUUUUGUUUCUCUAGUUCCAUUGCAUAGUAUGAAUUCAAAUGGGUACGAAUGCUUUAUUUCACACCGCUUUUUGGCAAAAUUUAGUACAUUAAUGUUACAAGUUCAGUAACGUAACGUAUAAGUAACUACUAAGCAACAACAUUUAAUUUAAUUUACAUAUAUGGAUUUCUCCUUCAGUUCUGUGUGUAGAGCGUGGCCCAAAUGUGGUCAGCCAGAAUUCUGCUGGCGCGUGCUGAGUGUACAUAUGUACAAAAGUGUUGAGGCAUGAAUGUACAGCUGUAGUGCAUAUUUUUAUUGUAUUGUGAUUUUAGGCUUAAGAAUAAUUAUCUUUACCUGGUGACUUAGGGGUUUUGUUCGUGAUAUUCUGAGUUUCGUCGUUACCAAACAACUAGCUUGUAGGUUAGAUAAUGGGGAGGCCUUCAGUGUCUUGCCUCCAGCGAUAGAUAGCAUGCAGCGCCGCCGCCGUCUACACAUUUUGUUUUUGUAGAUUUAGUUGUAACCUGUAACAAUUAGCCUAGCUAGUUUAAUUAUCAACGAAGGUUAAUAUUUUUUUUUACUUAGUUAUUUUAAUUUAGUUGUAUUUCAAUGAUUUUUUAAAUUAACUACCUAACUUAUGGUUUGUUUAGUUUGUUGAUGGUGAAAAAUUCUUAGCACAGCCUGAAUAAUUUGGCACAAGAUGUAAUUUAGAGUACAAGAUAGGCUCUGUCUCACCUAAAGAUUGUAAAUAGAACUCAAUGCGAAGAAAAAUGAGCUAUUUUCCUGUUCAUUGAUAGAGUAUUAUUGAAAAUAAAAUUAUGAUGAAUUAUUGUUAA